UUUUUUCUGUAAUCUACCAAGGGCUGAAAGAAAAUAUAUACAUCAUUUUUAUUGUUGACAACAAUAAUAAAGCCCUGUUUCAUUUUUUAAUUUAUAGAAUUCUUUUCAAUGUGUGCACAAAAAAAUCAAUAAAAAUAGGGCUCAAUCUCAAUAUAACACAAAUUGUAAACAGAAGAAAAAACAAAUAUAAAGGCUAUGGCGGACUUAGAAGCGGUGUUAGCUGAUGUCAGCUAUCUGAUGGCAAUGGAAAAAUCUAAAUGUACUCCAGCUGCAAGGGCCAGCAAGAAGUUAAUUUUACCAGACCCCAGCGUCAGAAGUGUUAUGUAUAAAUAUUUGGAGAAGGAAAAUGAACUACAUUUUCAAAAAAUUUUUAACGAAGUUUUGGGUUACUUGCUGUUUAAAGACUUUUGUGAGAACGAUUCUGAUGAACCUAUACAACAAUUAAAAUUUUAUGAACAGAUAAAAACAUUUGAAAAAACCGAAUGUUACGAUGAGAGGAAAAAACUUGCUCGAGAAAUUUAUGAUAAUUUUAUUAUGGAAGAAAUGUUGUCCCACACCUAUGACUACUCUAAAGAUGCCGUUGCAAGCGUUCAAAAAUAUUUAUUAAAAAAUGAAGUUCCAGUUGACUUAUUUGAACCUUACAUGGAAGAAAUAUUUACCCAACUGAAAGGAAAACCAUUCAAAAAAUUCUUGGAAAGCGAUAAAUUUACAAGGUUUUGCCAGUGGAAAAAUUUGGAACUGAACAUACAACUGACCAUGAAUGAUUUCAGCGUACAUAGGAUAAUUGGACGAGGGGGGUUUGGAGAAGUGUAUGGAUGUCGGAAAGCAGACACAGGAAAAAUGUAUGCUAUGAAAUGUUUAGACAAAAAACGAAUUAAAAUGAAACAAGGGGAAAUGCUGGCAUUAAAUGAACGAAACAUGUUGCAAGCAGUUAGCACUGGAAUUGAUUGUCCGUUUAUAGUUUGCAUGACAUACGCCUUUCAUACACCAGAUAAGCUCUGUUUUAUACUAGACCUUAUGAAUGGUGGUGACCUUCAUUAUCAUUUAUCUCAACAUGGAAUUUUCUCAGAAGACGAAAUGAAAUUUUAUGCAGCUGAGGUGAUUUUGGGCUUAGAACAUAUGCAUAAACGAAGCAUUGUGUACCGUGAUUUAAAACCGGCCAACAUUUUGCUUGAUGAAAAUGGACAUAUAAGAAUUUCUGAUUUGGGAUUAGCUUGCGACUUUUCAAGAAAAAAACCGCAUGCUUCAGUCGGAACCCACGGAUAUAUGGCGCCAGAAGUGUUAUCUAAAGGAACGUCGUAUGAUUCUUGUGCUGAUUGGUUCAGUUUCGGAUGCAUGUUAUAUAAACUGUUGAAAGGUCAUUCUCCAUUUCGACAGCAUAAAACAAAGGACAAGCAAGAAAUAGACAAAAUGACACUAACUAUGAACGUAGAACUUCCAGAAUCGUUUUCUAUGGAAUUAAGAAGUUUGUUAGAAAUGUUACUUCAAAGGGAUGUACCUAAACGUCUUGGUUGCAUGGGGAAUGGUGCGGAUGAAGUUAAAAUGCAUAGUUUUUUUUGUGGAAUCGAUUGGCACCAAGUUUAUAUUCAAAAAUAUACUCCGCCCUUAGUACCCCCUAGAGGUGAAGUAAAUGCCGCUGAUGCCUUUGAUAUCGGAUCAUUUGACGAGGAAGAUACGAAGGGCAUAAAACUGAACGACACGGAUCAAGAUCUUUAUAGGAUGUUUUCUUUGACUAUAUCGGAGAGGUGGCAACAGGAAGUUUCGGAAACUGUAUUUGAAACAGUCAACUCUGAGACUGACAGAGUUGAACAAAAAAGGAAAGCAAAGCAAAAGCAACAUUUUGAUACAGAUGAAAAAGAAUCCGAUUGUAUACUCCAUGGAUACAUAAAAAAACUUGGAGGAUCUUUUGCGUCUUUGUGGCAAACAAAAUAUGCCAAGUUAUAUCCAAAUAGGCUAGAACUUCAUUCUGAAAGUGGAAAUAACAAACCAGAAUUGAUAUUUAUGGACCAAGUAGAAGAUAUCUCAUCCGAUUUUAUUCUACAUAAAAACGAAAAUUGCAUUCAAAUUCGGAUAAAUGAUGGAAGCCGAGAUGGUAGAAUUAUUUUGACAAACUCAGAUGAAAUAGGCCUAAAAGAAUGGGCAUCUUCUCUAAGGUCAGCGCAUAAAUUGUCACAAGACCUAUUGGGAUCGAUGGCUAAAAAGGCUGGCAAAAUAUAUGGAAGUGAAAGAGAUGGCAACAAAACCAUGUAUAUUCUUGGUGGAAACUGUUCAACGAAAACUUCAAACGGAUCUAAUUAAAAUAUUUUUAGUUUUUAUAGCUUCAAAGAUUUAUCCUACGUAAAUAGGGGUAAACGGUUUGAAAAUAAAUGUGAAAAUAUUUAUGACAA